AUGCCGAUUCGACCCCAUUAUGCCCUAUUAUGCCCAAUAUGCCCAUUAUGUCCCACUAUGCCCCAUUAUGGCCCAAUAUGCCCUAUUAUGCCCAAUAUGCCCAUUAUGUCCCAUUAUGCCCCAUUAUGGCCCAAUAUGCCCAUUAUGUCCCACUAUGCCCCAUUAUGGCCCAAUAUGCCCUAUUAUGCCCUAUAUGAGAACUAUAGCUGCUCAGACUGUUCAGUUUGUCCAAUCAACAAAUUCAAUUUCCCGGAAAUCAAUUGGUACGGAGAACAUAUCGAAUUUCCCGGUAAACACUAG